GAUGGGUUCCACCGAUAGCCAAUCGCACUUCCAUGUUGCCACCGAAAAGCUGACAGGUUGCCUCGAUUUGCCUGUCGAACGUGCCAGAGACACAGCAUCCAGGCAUCCUUCUGCACCUAGAGGUUUUGGGCCUAGUCAACCUGCACCCUGUCUUACACCAGCUUACACCACACCAAUUCAGGCCGCCGAUGGGCUUUUUCCAGAUUAAAUUUGCACGAAACACAGCCUCGACGCCAUGAGGCAGCCAUAGGCUUCCUGCCAUUCAGAAAGGGCGCACCAGGCAGAUUUAGCAUUGAGAUGUAGAGACGUGACAUAUAUGGCCUUGAAAAGACUCGGGCCUGAGUGCAUAAGUGCCCUGAUUGCCGACGCUCCGCUCUGUACAUGUACGAUUCGAGAAUUGCGGGCAAUAACUUAAACACGAAGAGCUGUAGUGUGACGCUAAUACGCCGAGAUGCAUCUCAAAAGCUUCACGUCGUUUAAAUCGAUCAAAGAAAUUGUUCGAACCAAACGCGGCAACCAAAAAGCCAAGCGUGAACAGAAGAAGCUGAAGCGCAGCAAACCAAGGAAGAACAAAAGAAAUAAGGAGAAAAAGUUUGAGCCCAAAAACCAACAUGAGGCCCAACAUCAAUCGUUGGAUGAGGAUUCGGAGGGGCAAGUAUCAGAAGAAUACUUGGCUUGGAGCUUUACGAGCAUUGCUCCGCAGACCUUCGCACAGCCACUCCCGUGGCAAAGGCCAAGUCAUCUAGACGACGCGUUCUAUGCCGACUCAGCUGCAUCCUGUUAUCGAGGUUCGGGAAUACCGCCUUCAAGCCACGCAUCGCCAAACCCGACUCGGUCAUCUACUUUGAAUUCAAUCUUGAGCAGUAGUGGAACCUCUUUGAGCUCUGCCACAUCCAUAAUCAGAUUUCUCUUCCACCGUCGGCAUUCGGACACCGAAAUAUCUAGAUCAUCACCUCUUUCACGGCAGCCGGAAAAGCGGAACUCUGUACCAGGUCUAUCGCCUACCUUCCCCAGGCACAUCACGGAAGAAAGCCGCCAAGAGGUUGUGCCUCCUCGAUCCGAAGGGGUAAUAACAAGAUCCGUUGCCUCGAACCUAGAAGCGUCGAGGUCUGUUCGUGCUAUGGCGAAACCGCCUAUGGACAUGAAGGCGCUCUUCGCGAGUGCCGAAAGAUGGGAGCCAUCAUCGGCUGCCUUCCGAGAGACUUAUGAAUCGAAAGUGCGGCCGCAGUUGCUGGAUAUUCUUAAGCACAACGGCCCUGAUGACAACUACAGCCUCACGGUUGACCGUGACAUCGAAAGCAUGACUAGGUUUGUAGUGGUUACGACACCCGAGGAGCUUCCUAAAGAAGUCAGCGACAAGAUGCGGAGCCACGUCUCGUCGUGCUUUCCAGAUUCCCAAGAGCUCCGAGUCGAAGUCCAAUUCCUUCGGGGCCAUGUCAAAUAUGCUGCAGGCACAGUGGCUUCGAGACAGGAUGAACACGACGAGUCAAAGGGGCCUCGAAACUCUGGCAGGCACAAUGAGAGAAUGCUUGGGGACUCUGUCAGCUUUGAACAGAGCGACUGUGCCGCAACCCUGGGCCCAGCGAUCAAUCUCGGUGGAUACGAUGGCUGGAUUGUUAACUGGCACCUGUUCCAUGGCAUAUCAAAUUGGGAGAAUCUUGACAAUCCAUCCGAAGUCCCUCGUCACAGACUGUUCCACCCAGCAUAUAUAGACUGUCGCGAGAACGAGAGCCCUUUGCGGAUCGGAAAGUUGCAAGCCUACUCAGGAAGGAUGUACAGAACAACUCGUCCAUCGAGAUCUCUGGAGCAUUACGCGCCAGGUACGCCAGGAGAGGUAGUCACAGAUUGGGCUUUCUGCAAAGCCUACAGCGACGAAGCUCAGAAUUGUCUGCGCUAUGCGCCGCCGGGAAUCGAGGUCGAUGAUUUCUCGGACCCUAUUCAAGGAGUAUUUGAGCAACACCCCCGAUUGCAAAUCGUCCAGACAACUGGCCGAAGCAGUGGGCUCCGGUAUGCUAUGGUAUGCGAAACACCUGCCGACGUCCGCCAGUACCCAAAUAUGCCCACCAGGGAAUGGUAUUUGGAAAACAUCAAAGGUGCAUUGACGUCCGAAGAGUGGAAUUCCCAGGGGCCUGGUGUGUGUGGUGACUCUGGUGCGGCCAUAGUGCAGUUCAAGACAGGAAAACUUCUGGGGCAGAUAUGGGGUCGGGACGUGUACGACGAUGACCGGCAAAUUCCUAGGGUGACAUACUUCACACAUCACUGGGACAUUUUUGACGACAUCAGGGAGCGGUACCCAUCCAUGGAAGGCCCGCGUCUCGUACUCAGGCCAAACUGCCACUCCUUGAGUAACGCGAAUUCAGGAGACGACGCCCACGGCCCUUCGAGACUUGAAGCCGACGAGAAUACUCUGUAUCCAUCGCGACCUCGGAGCCGGGCAUGUUCGUCCAUGGGCGGUGCUGAUGGCGUAACGGAAUCCCUCUCCCAGUCCACCCUGGCACAGAGUAUGGCUAACUCAGUAGUUCCGGGGGAAGGAAAGGCAAAAGACACUCUUCUCGAAAACACUUUGGGAGGCGGACUGGAAUGUCGACGAGACUCUCAAUCUCGCAGCGCGGCUAGAAUCUCGGCUGAUGACGGUGUAUUGAUGAUGCGACGCAGCUCAGCCAUGCUGACCGUUUAAUUUCUGGGGUGUGCAGCUUUCCAUCCGCAGGGUAGAUCACAAGGGGGGUUUUUUUUUUUUUUAUGGAGA